UCUUUAUCUUUGUUCAGGAGCCUAAGGUUGCUUGCUGAUCACAAGAAGAUGUUUCUGUGGCUCUUUCUGGUUCUGUCAUCUCCAGUUUCUUCUACAACUGCAGAUGCUGAUAUAUCUGUGGAAAUUUGCAAUGUUUGCUCCUGUGUGUCAGUUGAGAAUGUACUUUAUGUCAACUGUGAGAAGGUUGCAGUCUACAGACCAAAUCAGCUUAAACCACCAUGGUCUAAUUUUUACCACCUAAACUUUCAAAACAACCUGCUAAUUAUUCUAUAUCCAAAUACCUUUCUUAAUUUCACACAUGCAGUGUCCUUGCAAUUGGGUAAUAAUAAGUUACAGAACAUUGAGGGAGGGGCCUUUAUGGGUCUUAGUGCAUUAAAACAGUUGCACUUGAACAACAAUGAAUUAAAGAUUCUCCGAGCUGACACUUUCCUGGGCAUAGAGAACUUGGAGUAUCUCCAAGCUGACUACAAUUUAAUCAAGUUUAUUGAACGGGGAGCCUUUAAUAAGCUUCACAAGCUGAAAGUCCUCAUCCUUAAUGACAAUCUGAUUUCAUUCCUUCCCGAUAAUAUUUUUCGAUUUGCUUCUCUAACCCAUCUGGAUAUACGAGGGAAUCGAAUACAGAAGCUUCCAUACAUUGGAGUCCUGGAACACAUUGGGCGAAUUGUCGAAUUACAGCUGGAAGACAACCCCUGGAAUUGUACUUGUGAUUUGUUGCCCUUGAAAGCAUGGCUGGAGAACAUGCCCUAUAAUAUCUACAUUGGAGAAGCUAUCUGUGAAACUCCCAGUGACUUGUAUGGAAGGUUGCUGAAAGAAACCAACAAGCAAGAGCUGUGCUCCAUGGGGACAGGGAGUGAUUUUGACGUGCGUGUUCUACCUCCCUCGCAGCUGGAGCCUGGUUACAGCACACCGAAUGGCCACACGACUCAAACAUCAGUGCACAGAUUAGUCACAAAGCCUCCGAAGACUACAAAUCCUUCAAAGAUCUCGGGGAUAGUAGCUGGCAAAGCGCUGUCUAAUCGCAAUCUCAGUCAAAUUGUAUCUUAUCAGACCAGGGUGCCUCCUUUAACUCCUUGCCCAGUCCCCUGCAUUUGCAAAACACAUCCUUCAGACUUGGGAUUAAGUGUAAAUUGCCAAGAAAGAAAUAUAGAGUCAAUGGCUGAACUCCUACCAAAACCUUUAAAUGCCAAGAAAUUGCACGUAAAUGGCAACUAUAUUAAGGAUGUGGACACUACAGAUUUCAUUGAGUUUGAGGGGCUAGAUUUACUACAUUUAGGCAGCAAUCGGAUUUCGGUGAUCAAAGGAGAAGUUUUCCGCAACCUUACAAAUUUACGGAGAUUGUAUCUCAAUGGCAAUCAGAUUGAGCGUCUGAGCCCAGAAAUGUUUGCUGGCCUCCACAACUUGCAGUAUCUGUAUUUGGAAUACAAUGUCAUCAAAGAAAUCUUAGCAGGCACUUUUGACUUGAUGCCAAAUUUGCAGUUGCUCUACCUGAACAACAAUCUUCUACGCAGCUUGCCAGCAUACAUAUUUACUGGGGCACCGCUUGCCAGGCUGAAUCUGAGGAACAAUCAUUUCAUGUACUUACCUGUAAGUGGUGUUCUUGAUCAGCUAAAAUCUCUUACACAAAUUGAUUUGGAAGGUAAUCCGUGGGACUGCACUUGUGAUUUAGUUGCUUUAAAACUGUGGCUUGAAAAACUAAAUGAAGGUAUUGUGGUGAAGGAAUUAAAAUGUGAAACACCUGUACAGUUUGCUAACAUUGAACUUAAGUCUCUGAAAAAUGAGAUCCUCUGUCCUAAACUUUUAAACAAGCCAUCUGCUCUGUUCACUAGUCCUGUGCCCGCUGUCUCUUUUACUACACCACUGGGACCAGUUCGGAGUCCUCCUGGUGGCCCAGUUCCAUUGUCCAUCCUAAUCUUAAGCAUAUUAGUUGUGCUUAUUUUAACAGUGUUUGUUGCUUUUUGUCUUCUUGUUUUUGUGCUUCGUCGCAACAAAAAACCAACUGUAAAGCAUGAAGGGAUUGGAAAUCAAGAAUGCAGUUCUAUGCAACUGCAGCUAAGAAAGCAUGAUCACAAGUCAAACAAAAAAGACGGACUAGGCGCAGAGGCCUUCAUUCCUCAAACCAUUGAGCAGAUGAGUAAAACCCAUACUUGUGGCUUAAAAGAGUCUGAAACGGGCUUCACGUUUGCUGAUCCACCAGGGCAAAAAGUCAUUCUGAGAAAUAUUAAUGACAAGGAGAAGGAUUUAUUGCAUGUGGACACAAGAAAAAGACUUAGCACAAUCGAUGAACUGGACGAGUUAUUCCCUGGGAGGGAUUCCAAUGUAUUUAUUCAAAAUUUCCUUGAAAGUAAAAAGGAAUACAACAGCAUAGGGGUCAGUGGCUUUGAAAUACGUUACCCAGAGAAACAACAAGACAAAAAAAACAAGAAAUCUCUAAUAGGUGGUAAUCAUAGUAAAAUUGUAGUAGAACAAAGGAAAAGUGAAUAUUUUGAACUAAAAGCUAAACUUCAAGGUUCACCUGACUACCUACAAGUCCUUGAAGAACAAACAGCUUUGAAUAAAAUAUAG